AUGUUUUCAGCUUUUCCACCACUCAGUUCCUCUAGCUCUCUUAUGGCUUCCGUGUUUUCUUUGUUUACUAUCUGUCAUCUUUUCAUCUCCAUAGCCCUUUAUGGAUGUUACGCUGGUGCUACGGACUCCUUGUUUGCAUAUCAAAUCUUCACCAGCUAUAACACUUUAGUUUCAUCCAACCAUGAUUUCAUAAUUGGAUUUUUCGGUCAUUAUUCAUUGACUCCGAUUGUAUGCAAGUUGUACCUGGGAUUGUGGUACAGGAGUGUAAAUCCCAGGGAUAUAGUAUGGGUAGGUAAUGAAUUGAAUCCACUUGGAUGUUUUACAGAGCUAGAAAUAACCAAUGAAGGAUUUUAUGUCCAAGAUAUGAUGGGAACAAAGGUAUGGAUUUAUAAGACAAACACUACAGUUCCGUUACCUGUUCUGAAGCUCCUGGAUUCAGGUAAUCUUGUGUUUGGAGAUUCGAGAAAUCUGAUGGCUGGGGAGUAUCUGUGGCAAAGCUUUGACCACCCGACACACACAUUGUUACCAGGAAUGAAGCUUGGCUGGGACAAGAAAAGUGGCAUCGACCGAUCCAUGAGGUCCUGGAGGACAGAAGCUGAUCCAGCUCCAGGUGAUUAUUUGUUCAGGUUGGACUCAGGUGACUCAGGUCAGUUACCCCAACUACUUCUUGAGAAAAACCAGCAAAUACAAUCAAGAUGGGGUCCUUGGGAUGGAGAAAAAUUCAGUGGAGGUUAUGCCCUCAUGGAUAACCAGGCAUACAGACCAAUAUUUCAUCCCGAUACAGAUGCGGUUUACUUCACAUUCGAAGCCAAAAACGACUCCAGUUUGAUACUUUCACUGAAUCCAGAUGGGAAACUACAAUUCUUGAAAUGGAACAAUAAUUCUACCAGUUUCGUGGACGAAGUGAAGACACUCAAUAUGGCCGUAUGUGACCAGUAUAACACAUGUGGGCCUUAUGGAGUUUGUACCGAUGGAGAUCUCCCGUGCGGAUGUCCUGAUGGUUUCACAGCAGCCUCACCAGCAGAAUGGAACAAGAUGAAUUUUACGCAAGGAUGUAGAAGAAACACCUCUCUUAACUAUACUGAUAAAGACGUAUUUGUCAAGAACACUGAACUGAAGUUGCCUGAUAAAGCUACUUACUGGGGAAUGUUGUACCCCCAGGACUGUGAACACAAGUGCUUACACGAAAGAUCGUGCACAGCCUAUACUAGUAUCAAUGGAACCAAAUGUGUCGUCUGGUUGACAGAUUUACUGGAUAUGAGACGUUCACAGAGAGCAGGGAACGACAUUUUUAUAAGGAUGGCAAAUGGAAAACCAGAUGCACCUGUUUCCCAUGGGAAAAGAAAAUUGAGUGAGGGAUCGAUAUCACUGAUUUUUGUAUUAGUUCUGACAGUAGUUAUCUCGUUUUUAUUUAUUGGGUAUGCAUGUCGAUCAACGCAUACAAAGGUGCCAGAUGAACCAGAAAUCAAUCAGCCAGAAAAUUCUAUAGGAGCUUUGCUGCAGGGAACAGAUGUCAUUGCAUAUGAUUCCAGCGAUCUAGCUGCAGCCACUAACAAUUUUUCCCCGUCUAAUAAGAUAGGGCAUGGUGGCUUUGGCGAUGUAUAUAAGGGUGUACUGGAGAAUGGAAUCGAAAUAGCUGUGAAGAAGCAAGACGUGGCUUUGCGUCAAGGAGUUGAGGAGUUCGAAAAUGAAGUCAAAUUAAUUGCAAACCUACAGCAUCGUAAUCUGACGAAGUUGCUGGGAUACUGCAUUCAUGGAAUAGAAAAACUCCUCGUCUACGAGUUCAUGGCAAAUAAAAGCCUAGACAAGGUCAUAUUUGAUGCUGCAAGAAGGGCUACAAUAACAUGGCCAACGCGCUUAAACAUUAUCAAAGGAAUCGCACGAGGACUAGUUUACAUGCAUCAUGACUCGAGGUUGACAGUAAUCCACCGGGACCUAAAAGCUAGCAAUGUCUUGUUAGACAGCGAGAUGACACCCAAGAUAUCCGACUUUGGGUUGGCAAGGGAAUUUGAAGACGAUGUUGAAAUCAAGACUCACCGUGUAGCUGGAACAUAUGGCUAUAUGUCUCCUGAAUACAUUCAAGCUGGACAUUAUUCAACAAAAUCAGAUGUGUUCAGCUUUGGAAUUUUGGCAUUGGAGAUUGUGAGUGGCCAAAGGAAUUCUCUUUAUCGGCACCCAACCUAUGAUAUUGGUUUAGUAGGCUAUGCUUGGAAAUUAUGGAAUGAAGGGAAUGCCAUAGAAUUACUGGAUCCACUGAUAGAUAAACCAGAUGAUUUGAAUGAAGUUGUAGGAUGCAUCCUUGUUGGGAUGUUGUGUUGUCAACGGCGAUCCCAAGACAGACCUUCAAUGGUUCAGGUGGUUUCCUUACUGGAGGAGAAUGAAAUGUUGAAGGUUAAUUGUGUCCCCCUGGAACCUUACUUCUAUAAGGGGACGAGUCCCAGUAGCAGGAGUCGCGAAAGUAUAAAUGGCCUAACUAUUACCGAAAUCACCGGAAGAUCAUGGCUAGAGAUUCAAUAUGUGCUGAUGCUUAUUGCUGCUUUCUUAACCCUUUAUGAAAUUAUGUGUCAGGAGAAAGUGUUGUUGAUAGUAUUUGUUUCAUUUCUUGUCCCAUUUUGUAGUUCCAUAGAUACUAUUUCCUUUAACCAAACUCUCAAAGAUGGUGAUUUAUUGAUCUCUUCAGGGAAAUCUUUUGCUUUGGGUUUCUUUGGGAAUUCCCCUGGUAAACGUUACAUCGGAAUUUGGUAUAACAAUGUUCCUGAACUAACUGUUGUUUGGGUUGCCAACAGAGAUAACCCUGUUAAUGGCACAUCUGGGAUUCUCACCAUCGAUUCAACUGGGAAUCUUGUUAUACGUCUCGAUGCGGAAAGAAAAACUGCAGCCUGGAGAACAAAUGUUUCUUCAGCUAGGAAACGAGCAGACUCGUAUACGGCUAAGCUGGAGGAUUCAGGGAAUUUUGUGUUGUUUCAAGACUCCAAAAUGGAUGUUAUUGAAUGGCAGAGCUUUGAUUAUCCUACCAAUACUCUGCUUCCUUCAAUGAAAUAUGGGAUAGACAAGAGAACGGGAUUGAACCGGUUCCUGACAUCAUGGAAAUCGUUGAACGAUCCAGGCACUGGAGAGUAUCGUUACACAAUGGAGCUCAAUGGGACACCUCAAGUUUUCUUGUACAAGAACUCUAGCAGGAUUUGGCGGACAGGAUCCUGGACGGGUCAUGGUUGGAGUGGUGUACCAGAAAUGAGCCCGCGAUUCAUCUUCAGCCUUAGUUAUGUGGACAAUGAUACCGAGGUUUUCUUGACAUAUGGCAUACAUGACAGUUCAAUAAUCUCAAGAAUGGUCCUGAAUGAAUCUGGGAUCGUGAACCGGUUAACUUGGCAAGAGAGUGAGCAAAAGUGGGUGCAAUUCUGGUCUGCCCCUAAAGACCCUUGUGACAAUUAUGAACAUUGUGGAGCAUUUAGCAAUUGCAAUCUGCUCAAUUUGGCUGAAUUUGAAUGCAGUUGUCUUCCAGGGUACGAACCAAAGCUAAGCCGACAAUGGUUCUUAAGAGAUGGCUCUCAUGGAUGUUUGAGGAAGAAAAAUGAAGAGGUGUGCAACAGUGGUGAAGGGUUUGUCACAUUAAGUCAUGUGAAGAUCCCCGACACGGGUGCAGCUCGGAUGAACAAGAGCAUGGGAUUGAAGGACUGUGAAGAGUUGUGUCUGAAGAAUUGCUCCUGCACAGCCUAUGCAAGUGCUAAUAUUAGUGCCGGAGGAAGUGGAUGCAUCACUUGGUAUGGUGAGUUGAUAGACAUAAAGCAAUUUACAGAUGGGGCCCAAGAUUUAUAUAUCAGAGUCUCUGCAUCUGAUUUAGCGCAAUUCUCGAAGAUUUCAAGAGGCCAUAAUAGGAAAAGAAUGAUAGGGAUUCUAGUAGGGUCUGCUGCAGCAAUAAUUCUUGCACUCUCUUUGGCAUGUUGUUUGGUGAUCAAUAUAAGGGGAAAUGAUAAUGAAAGAAGUGAAAGUUUAGCAUCCUAUGACGGCAUGGAAGAAAGUAAACAUGCAGAAAUCACUAUCUUUGAUCUAACCACAAUAACUAAUGCCACUGAUCAGUUCUCUGAUGCUAACAAACUUGGUGAAGGAGGAUUUGGUAGCGUAUACAAGGGUCACCUGACAGAUGGACAAGUAAUAGCUGUCAAAAGACUUUCAGUAACUUCGGGGCAAGGGACGGAGGAGUUCAAGAAUGAAGUCACAGUAAUUGCAAGACUUCAGCACAGAAAUUUGGUGAGGCUUUUAGGAUGUUGCGUUCAACGAGGAGAGAAGAUGUUGGUUUAUGAAUAUAUGCCAAACAAAUCCUUGGACAGUUUUAUUUUUGAUAAAACAAAAGGGUCUUUGUUGGACUGGGGAAAACGGUUUGGAAUCAUACAUGGGAUUGCACGAGGAAUGUUAUACCUUCACCAAGACUCUAGACUAAGAAUUAUUCAUAGAGAUCUAAAAGCAAGCAAUGUUUUACUCGAUGCCUCCAUGCAACCGAAAAUAUCAGACUUUGGAAUGGCCAGAAUAUUUGGAGGUGACCAAAUGGAAGCAAACACAAAUCGAGUUGUUGGAACAUAUGGUUAUAUGUCACCUGAAUAUGCAAUGGUAGGGCAUUUUUCAGCAAAAUCUGAUGUUUUCAGUUUCGGGGUUUUGUGUUUGGAAAUUAUCACUGGCCGGAAAAACAACAGUCAUAAGGAUCAGGAGCAAUCUCGCCAUUUAGUUGGAUAUGUUUGGGAUCUUUGGAAGGAUGAAAAGGCUUUAAAUGCUGUUGAUCCAUUGUUAAGUGGCUCAUAUGAAGCUUGUGAAGUUUUGAGAUGCAUCCACAUUGGCCUUUUGUGUGUUCAACCGUUUACAGAUGACAGACCUACUAUGUCAGAAGUGGUCUUCAUGCUGUGCAAUGAAACAAAUCUUCCUUUCCCUAAACAACCUAGCCUUAUAUUCAGAUCAGAGAAUCAUAGUUCAGUUAGAAACUCUUCAUCAGCAAGUAUAGCAACAUCUUCUGUUAACGAUAUGUCUAUUUCAACAGUUCAUGGUCGCUAGAGCUUAUCCUAACUAUUCAAUAACUAUUUUGAAAGAAAUACAAAAUUCCUUUUUCUGUACUAUCUAACUUAUGAUUCCCACAUGGCCCAUGUUAUAGACUUAAAGGUAGGUGGGUGGCAAAGGAUUGGUAGGAAAGAAGCAUAAACACAGAGGGUUUCUACUCCAUCUGUGAAUUAAAUGGCACCCUUUGUCAGUUGUGUUAAGGCAGUUAAUGGAAGCGCAUUCACAUUCAGAAGUGUUUGAUAUUUGCCACAGUUCAUGUUUUCUUAAAGUCUACUCUGUGUUCAUCAAUGCUCUAAAAGCAACAAAGGCUAAUCCUUCUAGCCACAACAAAUAAAAUUUUCAAUUUUCUUUAUUGAUUUA